ACAAAGUUAUGAAUUAAUAAAAAACAAAAGUAGCAACAAGAGAUGACAUACUUAAAUAUUUAUAAAAUUGUGCUCAAAAUAGAAAAUCAAGAGUUGUUGCAAUGUACAAUUCACAAUUGGAUAUGUUAAUCGAAGGUAAAAUUUCUAAAUAUAUUCGUAGGUAAUGAUUAAGAUCUAAUGGUAUUUCCAAUAGAUGAUAGACUUGCCAAUAGAGCACAUGGAGCUAUGGAAACUGGCAAUGUUAAAAACUAUAGAAUCAGUUCACUAGAUUUUCAUAUGAAUAGACUAUUCAGAUCUGCUGAAAUUAUUGGAUUAAAGAUUGAUCUAACAAAAGAAUAAAUCAAAGGUACUACUAUCAUAAAUUAUAGAUAAAAUACAUGAGAUGGCCUUUUUAGCUUAUAAGAUUUUGGAGAGAGAAAAUCAUCCAAAUAUAUAAGAAUAAAUUUUAGUUCUGAAAAUAUGGGUUUCCACUGGAAUUGGAGACUUUGAUAUAUAUGGAUGUGUAAUAAGAAUUUUAUCUUUAGAAUAAAGAAUCAAUAGUUUAUGCUGCUCUAUAUAUUAAUGGAAAUGUUAAUGAUGAUUCAGAUAAAGGAGUUAAAGAAUAUAUUCAUUUGGACAUGUGGACUUAACCUAAUUAUUUUUCGAAUGCUAAAACAGUCAAUUAUUUAGAAUUAGCUACUAUGGCAGACUAUUCAAAAGUGAGAGGAGGAUAUUUUGGAAUUAAGGUUGAUCCUCAAGGAAAUUUGUUAGAAGGUGCCAUUUCUAAUGUUGCUUUCUUAACUAAAGAUAAUACAUUUGGUUAUCCACCUUUGAACAAAACUAUAAGAGGAAAUACUUUAAAUAAAGCUUUAAAAAUUGUUGAUAGUGAUUUAUUACCAAAAAAUGUUGUGAAAGAAGUUAAAGAAAUUGAAUUAAACAUUAAAAAUAUUGAUGAUAUAGUAGAAUUGUUUCAUUUAAGUAAUGAUCAUGUAAAUAAUCUGAAUAAUAUUAUUAGAUUAUUCCUAUUUUAAGUGUUAAUGAUUAAAACAUUGGAAAUGGUGAGAUUGGACCUAUAACUAAAUAUUUAUAGGAGAAAUUAGAGAUAGCAAGAUCCAGUGUGAAAUUAGACACUUCUGGAGAUUUAAUAAGAGGAUUUGAGGGAUAAUAAUGAGUAUAAUAUUAUUUGGUUAAUU